GGUCUGUGGACAGUGGAGCUGCAGCGCCUCCGUGUGGAGACACUGGAGAACUGCAGCCACGAGACUUCCUCAGACUGGUGCAGAAUGGGGAGCGAAAAUUCUAAGGAGAUGAUCGAAAGUCUCCAGGAGGUGAAUGGGAUGAUCCCCGUGAAGCAUGAGAAUGGAGGAGUGAAAGGGAUUUCUCUGACCAUCACUGCCAAUGGACACACAGUGGACGUGCCGUCUAAGAUCCCAAUAAAGGACACCGUGGACUCCUCAUUACCAGACGUCAAAACCGAAUCCACAGAAUACAUCGUAGUGGAAUCAAACAGCGCACCUCCUCAAACUGAAGUCCAACCUCCCAAUCCAAAUCCAAGCGCUCCCACUGAUCAGAUCCAGACCAAAGAGGAACCCAAGACUCCUGCUCCUGCUGAAGAGGUCCAGAGCAGAGGAGAGGAGAAAGUGGGGCUGUUCACCAAACUGUUCAUGAAGAAACCUGCUCCUACAACAGAGAAGGAAGUGAUCAGCAGCACAUCCCAGUCAAACGAGGAUCAGACUGACAUACGUCCUGAUAAUCAACAACAAAUACCAAAUGGACAUAUUCCCAAGAAGCAAGAAAAUGGAACCAUCAAUGGAUCUUCACUGAAGGAAUCUGGAACAGAAGUCGAACCUGCAACCUCAGCAGAUCCAAGUGUCCAAACAGACUCUACACAAUCAACAGAAUAUGUGAUUCUUCAGUCACAAGAAGUCAAAACUCCUGAUCUGAGCGUUCCCACUGAGGAGAUCCAACCCAAAGAGGAGAAAGUCAGUCUGUUCAGCAAAAUGUUCAAGAAGAAACCAGCUCCUACAACAGAGAAGGACCCAGAGAAGCAGCCAGAGAAGCAGCCAGAGAAGGAGCCAGAGCAACAUCUGACAGACAAGAACCCUGCUAACCACCAAGUAACUUCACCCAUAAAGCAAAACGGUGAUAUUCAAGAAGGAAACAGAAAUGGUAUCAGCAAUGGAGAUGUUCCAGAUCUUCCAUUAUCAAAGGAGAAGUCCGACUCUCCACACCCUGAGCCCCUGGAGUCACAGAGUGAACCUCUUAAAGCUGAUGUUAAAACUCCUGAUCCGAGCGUUCUCACUGAGGAGGUCCAACCUAAAGAGGAGAAAGUCAGUCUGUUCAGCAAAAUGUUCAAGAAGAAACCAGCUCCUACAACAGAGAAGGAGCAAGAGAAGGAACCAGAGAAGGAACCAGAGAAGGAGCCAGAGGAACAUCUGACAGACCUUGCUAAACAACAACAAAAUGGUGAUAUUCAAGAAGAAAACAGAAAUGGCAUCAGCAAUGAAGAUGUUCCAGAUCUUACAGUAUCAGAGCCCCAGAGUGAACCUCUUAAAGCUGAAGCUGAAGAUAAAACUCCUGAUCCGAGCGUUCUCACUGAGGAGGUCCAACCCAAAGAGGAGAAAGUCAGUCUCUUCAGCAAAAUGUUCAAGAAGAAACCGGCCCCAGCCCCAGUGAUGGACACUGAACCAGAGAGAGAACCUGAAAGAGAGCAAGAGAAAGAACCAGAGAAGGAGCCGAAGACACAAACAGAGGAGAUGAGUGGAGAUCAGACAGACUCAAGUCCUGCUGCCACGAAACAACAACUGGAAAGUGGAAAUCUAACCGCAGAGCCAGAGCCAGAGAAGGAGGCUGAAGACGGAGAGAGAGAUUCAGAGCAAAAAGGAGAGGAAAGUCAAUCGGAAAGAGGAGAAAACCAGGACAACGCUGCCGACGAUAAUCCAGUUAUGAGUUUCUUCAAAACACUAGUCACUCCCACAAAGACGAAAAAAGAGGCACCAGCUCCAGAUGCCACAAAAGAACAGCCUCAGCCCUCAGAGACCCAGCCUGCUCCAGCCACUACCACCACUGUUGCGCAGGUAUCGGACCCGCCAGCGCCCCCUAAAGGAAUGCCCAUGCCCCCUCCUCCUCCUCCAGAACCUCCCAGAGCAGAGCCAGCCGCUAAAGCUGUAAAGCCCAAAGAGGAGCCCAAACCAAAGGACAGUCCCAAGGCCUCAUCAGCCAGAGACACUCUCACACGACUCUUCAGGUCCAAGUCAAAGGAAACACAACCACAAACUGCAGUAGAAGACGCCCAGACAGUCAAUGUCCAGCCUGACACACCACUGGAGCCUCCACAGCCUGUUUCUGAAGACAAGACUGACAGUACAGUCAACACACAGAACACAGCAGAGACACAGCCACAGACAGUGCUAGAGGAACAGAAGCCUGAUGCGUCUAAAGCCUCGACUCUGGAGGCUGCUGCUAAACCUGACCCUGCUCCAGCCGCUCAAAACGAGAAGAAACCUGAGGCCAAGAAGUCUGUGCUCUCAUUCUUCAAACCUAAAGCUCUGUUAGACCAUGUGACCUCCACAGUCCAGGCGGCCUCCAGUGGACUGCAGCUGCUCAGGACAAAAGCCACAGCAGCGGCAGCGGAUCCCAAAGCCUCCUCCGCCCCGGCCGCAGGAGCAGAGGCGGGUCCAGCCAAAGAAGAAGCUCCAAAAGCGGCAAAGUCUCCUGAGGCCGCUGCAGAGAGCAAACCAGCCACUGCAGCGCCAUCUGCUGGAGAAGAGGCCGCCGCUGCACCCAAGAAGGAGAAGAGGAACUCCAUCACACUCUUCUUCAAAAACCUGAGUCAGAAGCGCCCCUCCACAGACGCAGGAGUCCCAACAGAAGCCGAGAAAACCAAGUGAAACCACCGUGUGUACAAAAGGAUCACUAUAAUAAGAGGAGUAGAGCACCCCCUGUUUAUCUUAUCAAAAUCAUUCCAUACAGUCAGUGGUCAAAAUGAUGAAGGAAAAUGAGCAGAGGUCAAACUGCCGACAAUGUUUCCACACAAUAACUUACAAUGCUUUGCUAUGAUACAAUAUCGGACAUGUCAAAACUGUUCUACAUGAUUUUAUUAGCAAUAUCUUAGAAUGAAUUGUUCAAGGGCAGAGGUGGGAGAUAUGUUGAAACAUUUAUACUCUAAUUGUUGUUUUGGAGAUAAACAAAAUUCAUCAGUUCGUCAAUAUUGCCCGCCUCAGUCAGUUCAGUUUUGUCCAGGUGCCUUCUUAACUCUAAACAUUUAACAGCACAAUUCAGUUCAACUCAACAUUUUAUAAGAAUCUUCAAUCUAAAACUAUAUUAUCAUUAUUAAUCUUAAUCUGAAAAUAUUUUAUCAAUCUUUUUUUUGCUAACUAAUGUCACAGAGGGCAGUCGGUGCAGAUUACGUGUGGAUAUCGGGGCUGUUGGCACCAUAUUGCUUCUGUCAAACUGUUUUUAUUGAUACUUUGCAGUAGUGUCACGCUGGGGGAGUUCUACGCGCAUCUCUAUGGUGGAAUGUUCAAACACUGUCAGAAAAGUUUUAAGAUAAUUUACUUAAUUCUGAUAUUUGGGCAGUUAAUGCAUGUUUCCUUUGGCGUUUGCGUUUGUUUAUUAGCAACUAGAACCAACACGGAGGCAGGUGCAAAAACUAGGAUCUGACCAACCUUGCAACUGUAGACUGCUUGAUAACAGCGUAUUGUUUUACUAAAAUCCUUUGCUUUCUAAAGGGAACUGAUCAAGUCAUAACCAUCAUGUAAUACGAUAUGCCGAUACAAAUCAUGUGCAAAUCCUUAUGGUGUAUUUUCAAUAAUCCAUAGUCAGUGUCGUUAACUCUAUGCACUUUUGUUAUCUCUUAUAGUGUUAGUCGUAUUGUAAGUACUGUAUGCUUGUUUUCAUAACGGCUUAGUUUGAUUUGCAUUUAUCUGUGUACAGUAACUUGACAAUAAAUCAUAUG